UUCUGAUCGCACAUGAUUGCCUUUUUUGAAAGUUUUGUUGUUGAUAUUUUAAUGAUCAUAUGAAAAUGAUAAUUUGGUUGUAAUUACCCUGACCAAGCAACCAAAACAACAAAAAUGAAACGAUUCUUUCAACGUGAUUAUCAACGACAACCCGAACCAUUAACACCACCAUCAUCAACGCAAUCAUUACCAUCCGCAUCAUCAUCAACAUCAUCGACAACAAUAUCACAUUCAUCUAGUGGUUCAUUUUUAGGAAAAAUAUUCAAUAUUGGUCAAUAUUUAUGUACGGUUGAAGAUAUUAUUGCUGAAGGUGGAUUUUCAUUAGUUUUUUUAGUUAAAGCUAAUAAUGGUAUACGUUAUGCAUUGAAACGUUUAUAUGUUAAUAAUGAACAAGAUUUGUCUAUUUGUAAACGUGAAAUUGAUAUUGCUAGAAAAUUAGGAUCACAUAAGAAUAUUGUAAAAUUAGUUGAAUCAACAAUAAAUUAUUGUGGCAAUGAAGUAUAUGAAAUAUUUAUGUUAAUGCAACAUUGUAAAGGACAAUUAUUACAUUUAAUGAAUGAUCGUUUACAAACGGGAUUCAAUGAAAUGGAAAUUAUACGUAUACUUUGUGAUGUUUGUGAAGCUGUUGGUCGUUUACAUCAUAAUGAUCCACCAAUUAUACAUCGUGAUUUAAAGAUUGAAAAUAUUCUUAUUUCGGAUGAUGGCAAUUAUAUGCUUUGUGAUUUUGGUUCGGCUACAACUAAAUCAUUACAAUUAAGUGAUAAUGGUGGCCGAAAAUCUGCAUUAUCGAUUGAAGAUGAAAUUAAACGUUAUACUACAUUAGCAUAUCGUUCACCUGAAAUGGUUGAUGUUUAUUCAGGACGACCAAUCACUACUAAAGCUGAUAUUUGGGCUUUAGGUUGCCUUGUAUAUAAACUGUGUUAUUUUACAUUACCAUUUGGUGAAUCAACACUGGCCAUACAGAAUGCGCAGCUCACUAUACCGGAUUCUUAUGCCGAAAGAUAUUCACAACGUUUAAUUUCAUUAAUUGCUUAUAUGUUAUCACCAGAUCCAGAUGAUCGUCCGGAUAUUUAUCAAAUUUCCUAUCUUGCAUUCAAUCUUAAAGGAGAAGAAUCGCCAAUUUCUAAUCGAAAUAAUGUUUCUAAACCAAAUUGGUCGGAUUUACGUAUACCACUAACUGAAACACAAUCACGUGAAAUUAGACAUCAUCAACGUUCUUCCAAUAAUGAUCAUCAUCGAUCUAAUCAAUCAACUACAACAACAACAACAAAUUCAUCGACCUCAUCAUCAAAUAAUCUAUCUACUGUAAGUAGCAGUAGUAAUAAUCAUCAAUCCAAACAACAACAACAAGCUGCUAAUCAUUAUCAUGGUGAAAGUGACAAAACAACAACAACAACAACAACUGUUACACCAAGACAAAGACCAAAAGCAAGCAUCAAUAUUAAUUCGGUAUUGCCAACAUCACCAGUUGCUUUUCAACGUUCUAUUACACCAUCAUCAUCAUUAUCAAUAUCAAAUCAUCCUGAAACAACAAUAUCCGCAACAAAUUUAUCUGUGAAAGAUAGUGGUACUAUUAAUAAUAAUAGUAGUAGUAGAGUCAGUCAUACUGGUGGUCUUACCAAUUCGCAUAGUUUUUCUUCCGGUAGUCAGCUAUUUGCAUCGACAAACAAUAACGCUAAUAAAUUAUUGGAACAACAACAACAUAAACAGACACAAAAAUCAAUGAACACUGUAUUAAUUAAUGAUGAAGCUGAUAUACAUUUGGAUCAAUUUGUACAUCAACGUCAUCAUAAACAACAACAGCAACAACAAUCAUCAACAAAUAAUAAUCCAUUUAUAGUGGAUACAUUAUCAUUAUCAUCGAAUCCACCGACAAGAAACCAAAGUUCAACUUUACUUGAUGCAACUACUAAUAUUACCGUAAGCAAUUAUCAUCAACAUCAUCGUCGUAAUAUGAGUGAUAGUAGUGCAUUUAAUCAAUCAAAUACUAUUGCCGAUUCGAAUGGAAUAAAAAUGUUUACUAUACAAACAAAUUCAAACAAUAGUAAUCGAUCAUCAAAUGAAUUUAUAUCGAAUGAUUGUAUUGAUCAACAACAAUUAUCAUCAUUGACAAGAAUUCGUUCAUUAAAUCCAUUUGAAGAUAAUAAUAAUAAUCCAAAACAACAACCAUCAUCCACAUCUUUGUUAUUUGAAGAUCAAUUAUUUGGUAAAGAAUUUGAUCGUAUUCGUUUGACUAAUGAUACAAAAUUAGCCGAUAAUCCAUUUGAUCAGGUACCAGUAAAUCAAGAACGUUUAAAAGAAUAUCUGGAAAAACAACAACAAAAUUCUGAUAAUGGUACAUCGAUUUUUAUUACCGAUAAUGAUGAUAAUCAACAACAACAACAACAAUCUUCUACAACAACAUCGACAAAAAAAUCAGUUAUGAUAACAAUAGGUUCAAAUAAUAAAUUUAUGAUUGUUAAUAAUAACAAUGAUAAUAUUAAUGAACAACAACAACAACCCGGUUCAACGAAUGAUGAUGAUGAUGGUGGUGAUGGUGAUGAUCAAUUAUCAAAAAUUAUAUCAGAUAAAUCGAUUAGCUCGUCUAGUCAAGGUGGAUUACUUGGUGGUUGUGGUGGUACUGGUGGUGGUGGUGCUAAUGGUAGUGGUUGUAGUCCAAAUACAACAGCAAAUUAUAUGCCAUUAUAUUCAUCGGAUACGGCUGAAGAUGAUGAUUGUUGUUUUGAUCAUGAUCAACGAAUUUUUCAUCAUAUUGAUGGUGGUGGUAAUCGUGACGAUAGUGAAAAAGAUGAUGAUCAUCAUCAAGGCAAAAAUGUUGUUGAUGACGAUGACGACGAUCAUGGAUUAAGAAUGGGUCUUCUUAGUAAUGAUAAUCAUCAUCAUAAUAAUGAUUAUGAAGCAAUUGGUGAUAUGAUUAAACCAUUAGUCGAUAAUAUUGAUGAUGAUGAUGAUGAUAUCGAUGGUGAUGAUAAUGAGGUAAAAGAUUCUCAUUCAUCAAUAGGAUCAGCAUCUGAUCUUCAAAAUACAGAUGAUGACGACGAUGAUGAUGAAUCAGAUACAUCUUCAUCUGAUGACCAUGAUGAUGAUGAUGAUGAUUCCAACAUUAGUAGUAAUAGUGAUGAUUCUCAAGAUUCCAAACAUUCAGCUGGUCAUCAUGGUGAUAGUGAUGAUGAUAAUGUGGAUCAUAUUAAAUAUGGAUUGGUUAAAAAUCAAUUACCACAUCAUCAUCAUCAUCAUCGGAUAUUGAAUUCGACGAAAUGUAAAUCCAUUGGUGGAUUGAAUAUAUCUCGAAUACAGAUUACUCAUAAUCCAAUGAUUGAAAAUUUGGACAAUAAUAAUGAUGAUUGUGGUACAUCAAAUUCAUCUAUACGUUCAGAUACAUUACAGAAAAAUAUUGAUUCAUUGGAUCAUUUGAUUGGUCAUGUUGAAGGUCAUCGACCAUUAUUAGAAGAUAAUGAUGAUGAUGAUGAAAUGAUAAUAACUACAACAACAACAUUGCCAAUAACGACAACAACAACAAAAUCAUUGAUUACAAUCAAUGAUGGACAACAAGCUUUAUUAUUUGAUUCGAAUAAUGAUUCCAAAUAUUCAAAUAUUCAAUUGCCUGCAACAGUUACGCAGCAACCUGUAAAUGUUAUUGUUACGGCUAAUCAUCAUCAUUCUUCACGUAUACAUUCCGAUUUUGAAACAUUAUCAUUAUCACCACCUUCAAUGAAUACAUUGAAUAAUCAUAAUCAACAUCAACAUCAACAUUCAUUGGAUAAUUCAAGUGAAGAAAAUGAUCGUCGUCUUGAUGAAGAAGUUGAACGUAGUCUUAUACCGCAGGUUAUAUUUGAUCAAAUGAAUAAUAAAGAUUUAUUUGGUUCGAUACCAUUUACGGAUAAAGAAUUGAUUAAUCAAACUAUACAACAUCAAAAAGAUACAAGUACAGCUGUUGCUUUGGUUGAUCCAAAUGAACGUCGAACGUUAUUGAUUUCAAAUCCAACGAUAACAAAUCGUUUUGAAAAUUCAUUUUCUGAUUUACCUGUAUCGACUAUUAUACAGGAAUCAAUAACCGCUCCAACAACAACAACAACGAGCAAUACUAUUUCACCACCAUCAAUAUUGAUCAGUAAUGAUAGUAAGAAUAUUUCGGUUCCUAGAUCGACUACCGAUUUGUUUGGUGCUGUUCCAUUUGAAACAUCAUCAUCAUCAUCAUCAACGAAAUCGAUCAAACAACAACAAAACCAAAUAGUCAAAAUUCCGCAACUAACACCACCAUCAUUAUCGUUGAUAGCCACUACUAAAACAUCAUCUUUGUCGUCUGCGAUAAAUCCAAUAACAACAACAGCUACAACAGCUGCUAAACAACCAACAACAGCGACAACAACAUCGAAUGUUAUACAAACAUCAUCAUCAUCUUCAUCAACCAUUUCAACUGGUAGCGGUGUUAAUAAUAAUAAUAAAUUAAAUCGUAAUCAAUUACAACGAUCAAAUCUGAAAAUUAAAUCCAAAGUUGCAAAAAAAUAUGAAGUUGAUGAAAGUGAUGAUGAAGUUGAUGGUUUAUUAGAUCCAAAUGAAAGUGAAGAUUUAUUAAUGGAUGGUGAUGAUCGAUCUAUUGCUAAUGAACAAUCAUCAUUGGCGAAUAAGAAAAAGAAUAAAAAAGAUAAAAAGGAAAAAUGUGAUAAAAAAUCAAAAGAAAAAGAUAAAAAAUCCAAAGAUAAAACAAUUUCGAAAAUAACUGUGGAUAAAAGUAAUAAUGGUGGUAAUAACAAUAAAGAUAAAUCAAAUCGUUCAAAACAAGCAUUUGCUAAUAUGAGUUUUGAAGAUGAAACCACUCAUCAUCCUACAGCAAAUCAUCGACAUCAUCAAACACACAGACAUUCAAAAUCAGAUUCUAACUGA